AUGGCUUCACAGUUCUACUGGAGAGCAGGCAGUAUUUUAGGCGCUUCUGGCAUUGCUUUGGGUGCUUAUGGCGCACACGGUCUGAGCAAAGUUGUAGGCGACAAUCCCACUAAAAUCAAGAAUUGGGCUACUGCUGCUCAUUUCCAACUUAUUCAUGGCGUCGCUCUUUUGGCGUUGGCCUCCAUUCCUCCCACCGUUCGCCGUAUCCAUCCCAUCGCUAGACCUCUUAUUUUGGGCGGCACUCUCAUGUUUAGUGGAAGCAUGUAUCUUUUGACACUUGAUCGUGAAAAGUUCCGUUUUUUGGGGCCCAUAACGCCCCUUGGCGGUUGUCUUCUAAUUACUGGCUGGGCAGCUCUUAUGCUUUAG